AGUUACUCGAAGAUCGCGGCCAACCUAAGCAAGUUACAAAGCGAGGAGCGGCCUUUUGACUUCGAUGACGAUGUGCAUCAUUCUUUAGAAAUACUCAAAGCGGCACUCUUAUCUGCCGAGGUGUUACAUAUUUACGACCCGCUUCUAGCUACACGCGUCACUACCGAUGCGUCGGGCUAUGGCAUUGGGGCCGUCCUUGAGCAGCACGAUGGCACGGACUGGCACCCGGUCGAGUACUUUAGCAAGAAAGUACCUCCCGUGCAUUCGAUCGACGACGCACGGAAGAAGGAGCUUCUUGCCUUUGUCCACGCCCUCAAGCGUUGGCGACAUUUCCUCCUUGGUCGGGAAGCAUUCCGAUGGGUAACGGAUAACAAUCCGUUGGUAUUCUACAAGUCGCAAGACACGAUUAACAGUACCAUUGCCCGUUGGAUGACCUUCAUCGACCAGUUUGACUUCUUCCCGGAUCACAUUCCCGGGAAGUCAAAUCGUUUUGCGGACGCCCUCUCACGGCGACCGGAUCUUUGCACCGUAGUCUACUCUACCUUCGAGAUCGACGACGACUUGCGGGAGAGCUUCGUCCGCGGCUAUCAAGCCGACCCCCACUUUCGCGACAAGUACGCGAAUUGCUCCUCUCCGAAACCGGUGCCUUCGCAUUAUCGGAUCCAAGAGGGCUACUUACUUGUGCAUUCACGGGGUAAGGAUCUUCUUUGUGUGCCGAAUGAUUCACACUUGCGCACACGGCUUCUUGGCGAGUUUCACGAUGCGCCCGCCUCCGGACAUUUUGGUGUCAACCGUACACUUGGCCGACUUCGCCAGCGGUUCUAUUGGCCCGACCUUCUCAAGGACGCCACCCGCUAUUGUGAGUCGUGCGAAGUCUGUCGGCGUUGCAAGUCACGCAACCAUCAUCCGUUCGGCAAGCUACACCCAUUACCAGUGCCCCUUGGGCGACGGGAAGCAAUUGCUAUGGAUAUCGCCGGCCCCUUCCCGAAGCACAAGACCGGCGUUGAUGGGAUCCUCACGGUCGUCGACCGCCUCACCAAGUAUGCCAUGUUUUUGCCUUGCCGCUAUCACGCAAAGGCACCGGAGUUAGCCGAGGUCUUAUACGCCGGUUGGAUUCGCUCCAAGGGCUACCCCAAGGAGAUCGUUUGCGACCGGGCCACUCGCUUUCUCUCCGACUUUUGGGUCGCCCUCGUCAAGCGAUGGGGCUCAUCUUUGAAGCCGAGUUCGGCUCGCCACCUGCAGACCGAUGGUCAAACGGAAAGGGCGCAUCAGACCGCUCAAGUCCUUUUACGCACUCUCAUCCGUCCCGACCAGGUUGAUUGGGUUGAGCGCUUGUCAGACGUUGAGUUGGCUUACAACUCAUCGAUCCAUCCGGCUAUCGGGAUGUCGCCAUUCGAGUUUGAGCAUGGUUCGCCGCUGGACGCCACUUUGCCGCGCACAGCCGAGAGCGACGACCAUCUUGCGUUCCUUCAUCGCAUGCAAGAGCUCCUUGUCAAGGCACGGGAUCAGAUGUCAAAGACGCAAAUACGGAUGAGCCGUCAAGCCAACCGCAAUCGCCUUCCUUGCCCAUUCCGCGCCGACGAUCUUUUGGGUCUCCGCCACAGAGUUCAGCCUCGAGCAAGACAUCUCUCGCAAGCUCCUUCCCAAGUGGAUGGGGCCUUGGCGCAUUCUCUCUGCAGUUGGUGAUGAUCCCGAGGGGCCUUCAUUAUCGCGGUGCCACCUCACGUGCCCGUCCACACACUGUUCCACUGUUCCAAACUC